AUUAAUUAAUUUUAGAUGCAAGUUUUCCCACUGAUUUUUAACAACCCCAUCACUGUUUCCCCUGCGGCUCCGCCAUUUUAGUUUUCUUUCUAAUACUGAGCUUCAUCUCCAGUCUUCACCAUCUUCCCCACAAUAUCAAAUCCCCAAAUGAACCGAAACCAUUUUAUUAGCCUCCUCCAGUCUCUCUCUCCAUUGAUAAACCUCUUCAUCUUCACCUUGGUUUGCUUAGAAAGAAAGAUUUUAGCUGUGGAUUUUCAUUACACAGCCUGCAGUGUCUCCACAACCUGUGGCAGACAAAAGAUAAAGUUCCCAUUCUACAUCCCAGGCCAACAAGAACCCUUCUGUGGAUACCCUGGAUUCAAGCUCUCCUACCGAAAUAACACAACUCCGAUUCUCACCCUUCCAAAGAACACUGACUUCACAAUCCAAGAAAUCUUCUAUCAGAACCAAUCUCUUCGCGUGUCGAAUUCAGUUGUUUUAGAUGCAGGGGAAAGUACUUGCAUUCCUCCGAUCAAGAACACAUCCAGUCCUUGCGACAGCUUAAAGCUGGCCGCAAACCAGAGGGAACUGGUUUUGCUUUUUGGAUGUACCUUGACCGAUACCAAGGAACUCUCACAACAUAAGGUGAAUUGUGAUGGGCACAAUAAGGAUGAUUCUGUUCUGGCUCUGUUUGGUGACAACCAUGUUCUGGGAAAUGCCCCAGAGAACUGUCGGGAAGCGGUGGCGGCACCAGUGGAUGUGGGCGGAGAAGGUGGUGUUGAGGAUAUGCUGAGAAGAGGGUUUGUGAUGGAAUGGAUGGCAAGUAAUUGCAGCAUUUGCGAGGCCUAUGGUGGGAUAUGUGGGUUCGAUAAUAGCACUACUAUUUCAAAUGUUUCUGCCCUGAUAGGCCUCAUGCUUGGCUCUGUGUUCCUAAAGCUGCAGUUUCUUAUUCAGGAGAGUGGCAGGGGCGUGGGUGUACCGCGUUUAAGUCCGUUGUUUCUGUUCUAUGCUACAGCCUUAUUUACAAAUGUGGUUCUAGAUAGACGUGGCAAAGGCCUCGUAAUAAAAGUUGCAGCAGGCACUUCAGCUGUUGGAAUUGGAGGAUUGAUCAUUCUAGCAUUCUACUUCAGAAAGAAAUUCUCAACAGGGAACGGAAUAUUUUCUGGGUUAAUGAAGGAAGAUGAUUUUGAGAAUAUUGAAGCUUUCCUUAGAGACAAUAUGCGUUUGGCUCUGAAAAGGUAUAGUUUUAAAGAUGUUACUAAAAUGACAAACAACUUCAGAGAUAAAUUAGGUGAAGGAGGCUUUGGAUAUGUUUACAAAGGUAAGCUAUCAGAUGGUAGUGAGGUUGCAGUGAAGGGCCAUAUACGAGUUCUGAUACACGAGUUUGUGCCAAAUGGUUCAUUGGAGAAGUUGAUUCAUGAAGAAAGUGCUUUGAAUGCUGAUCAACAUUUGAAAUGGGAAACGCUGUAUCAGAUUGCAACUGGGAUAGCUAGAGGACUAGAGUACUUGCAUUGCAGAUGGCUUGCCAAAUUGUGCCCCAGAAAAGAGAGUAUUGUUUCAAUGACAGGUGUAUGGGGAACUAUUGGACAUAUUGCUCUAGAAGUAUUUUGUAGAAAUAUUGAAAGGGUGUCCCAUAAGUCCGAUGUCUAUAGUUAUGGCAUGAUGAUACUAGAUAUGGUUGGUGCGCGAAAAAAUAUCAAUGCUGAAUUCAAUCAUAAUAGUGAACAUUUCCCACAGUGGAUAUACAGACGUAUUGAAUUGGACAAAGAACUUGGAUUUUGGAGCAGCAUGAACGAGAAUGAUAAGGAAAGAACUAGGAAGAUGAUAAUAGCAGGUUUGUGGUGCAUACAAACUCUCCCCUCAAACCGGCCGCCAAUGUACAGGGUGGUUGAGAUGUUGCAGGAGAACCUCGAUUCUUUAGAAAUUCCACCCAAGUCUUUCUUGUCAUUUCCUCCAAGACUACCUGCCGAUGCCGACACUGAUUUCGAUUCCUCAAGUUCACUGAUUUUAUAAGUAGUCAUCUUUUGUACCAUUGCCAUGGAAAACUGUACCAAAUGUAACUAAGAUUAUUUGAUAUAUCAAAUAAUAAAUUAUAUAAUAAUAUAUAAUUUUACUUUUU